AUUAUGAAGGAUUUUUUAUAGCGUGUAUUACUUAUUUGUUAUUUAAAAAAUCUGUUAAAUAUGGCUUCGAGAUUCGCUGACGACGAAGACGAUGUUUUGGCACCAAAAGAACCACAGGUUACUUCUUUAGAACCUGAAGAACGUAAAGCAGCUCGGGCGCUCCGUAUAAAAAGAAGACAGGAUGCACUCAAAAGAGCUGACCAGCCUGCCGAGGAAGCUGCAGCGGAAGAAGAACCGAGUCCCAUAGAGCAGGCAACAUCCACCGCUGCUGAGGAACUACAACGACUGUCGCUAGAUGGCGCUGCUAAAGUUACCAAUGUCAAGGUCACCACAGAUGAGCGCGAAGUCAUCAGGCGCACACUUUUCUUUGAGAAAAUGUCAAAUUCAUUAAAAAAGAUCGAGGAGGAGGCGGCUGAAGCACAAACACAAUAUGAGGCAAUAUCGGAAAAUUGGGACAAAAUGUUGGAAAUCAAAGAUCCUUUGGAUAUCGACGCUGAGAUGAAAGAACAGAAGAAAAAAUGCGAUGCAUUGCUUACGCAAAAAGACGCCCUUAUUGCCGAACUUAAAAGUGAUCUGAAAAGGAUGGAUGAAGCUUAUUAUGAAGAUUUAGAGAAACAGGAUCACGACAUCAAAGAAUUAUCAGACAGAAUCGAGAAACAAAUAACAAUAAUGCAAAGAGCUUAUGCAAAGCAGCUGACGCUCAUAGAAGCAGCAGUUAACAUCGAAAGGGAUGCAAUGACGGAACAUAACAACAAGAGAUGGGAGGCACUCCAUAAACAAUGUGAUAAAGAAGAAGUUGCUCAUAUGGAGUACCGAUUCUUACAGCUAGAUGAGCACAAACUGGAAAUGGAAGCAAUAAUGUGGGACCACCACGAAAAAUAUCGAGAAGCCAAGAUAGAACUGGAAUCAUUAAUGCAAGAACUGCAACAAGAGUUAGAAAAAUUAAAAGCUACAUGUAUAAUUAACACUGAGAAAAUUGGUUAUACGUAUCAGGUAUUAAAAAAACGUGAAGAAGAAAAUGUGUUUGUCAGAUCGCAACAGAAGCGGAAACUCAAUAAAAUGUCCGACAUGGCUAACGCGUUGAGAUCGAAAAUCCGCAAAGCGGCUGAAGAUGGUGCCAUAGAGGAAAUAAAGGCAGACGCUGAAAUUAACAAGUUGAUGCAAACAAUGGACGAUUUAGAGAAGAAAUCUGAUCAUUUUUCCCAUGUCAACCAUUAUAAGUUCACCCAAGUGUGGCGCAUGUGCGCUUCGAAAUGCUUGGAGUUGAGCAAACAGUUGCGACAUGGGGAGGUAGCUUUGCACGCUCAUAUCCUAGCAGAGCCACCACCACCACCGCCGCAGAAACCGCCUAAAAGUCCAUUGAAUAAACCUGAGGAGGUCAAAAAAGUGCAACCCGGUAAAAAAAAUAUUGAAUCUACCGUGGGGACUAAAGACGCGAAAGAUAAACUGGUUCGGCAUAUACUACAAUUAGUAGCGGACAACACGGGGUUUUUAGUCGAAGACCGUUUACUGAAACUUAUAGAAAAGUAUCAGUUGAAAUCCAGAAAUUUGUGUACGUUAGAUGCAAUAUUUAUGGCACUGGAAAUACAAGCGGAAGAAGAUAUAGAACUCUUGUGUGGAACGUUCUUGAACUAUGCGUUUUGUCCUAUUUGCGUCGGUUUGGAAGUGGCGUCAGAAUUUGCUCCCGGUGCUUCAGCGGGCUCGCAGGAUCAGCUGUCUAAAACAGAGUCUCAAGCUGCUGUUACUGCUAACCGGCCAAGAGGUGACAGAAUGUCGACGGCCCGAGGUCGUACAAGCGUCGGCGCUCGAAGUGUGUCUGCCAGCACGUCACGAUCCGGUCACCUUACCUUUAGGACUCAUGAGCUGUCGGCGGUGGAACAAUUGUUAAUGGCAGAGGCUGAUGAAAUUAUGCAAAAGUAUGGAGAUUACAAAGAUACUGUUAUGGUGACUGCGGGUGCCCUCGAUGGAGGUUCCACCGCUGGCCGGAGGCAGGGAGGGCGCGGCGUCACAGUAGCAACUCAACGAAAAGAUGUGAAGACCCCUCCUAAAGAUGAAGUCAAUCCUUUUUUGUGUCCACUGGGGCAUGCCCUGGAAAUCGAAUCAAUGCAAGUCCUAACAGCUUUGAGUGAAUUCAUAUCGGUCUUCGUUCCACCUGAGAAGCAAAAGCUACAUAACAUUUUACACAACCUAAAACCACCGAAUUUUGACACACCAUCUCGCAAACUCACAUCAGAAGAGAUCAUCAACUACUGGACGCAGUGGAAAAACAUGUUUCCCCCAGAAAAGGAGAAAUUUUGGGAUGGUUUGUUGACCGGACUCAACAAUUAUUUGGAAAUUUUGCAAGAACGGGAACGAGUGCACGAGGAGGUUGUGGAAUUGCGUCGUCGUAACAUAGCGCUUCGUCAGUUAGUGCGAGGCGCGCUUCCCGAAUUACCAACACCGUUGCCCAAGUACGCGCAACCCAUGUCCAAGGCAUUUGUCGCACCAGUUCCGGAAACAGCACCUACAGCAUAUGCUAGGCUACCACCUAUCUCCAAUAGGAAUUACUAAAAAUAACCACACACCCCGUCUUGGGAACCGCUUUGUUCGCUAAGUCAAGAUGUUGAAGAAACCUGAACUUAUUCAACAUAACAACCUUAUAUUUUAUAAAUAUCCUACUACUUUGUCUGCCGUCAUAUUAUCAUUGGCGUCGUUCUAGAUGUUGGUAUACCCUUGAGUGACUUAUUUAUCUACCUAUUUAAUUUUAUUUUUAUUAACUAAAUUAGUGAAAGAAUAAAUAUUAAAAUCAUUA